AUGUCCACGAAACUCCUUCAGGCCAACCUGAAUCACGCUCGCCGGGCCCAGGACCUGUUCCUAUCGGACCUGUGCAAGCGUGAUGCAGGAUUGGGAGUGGCGGCGGAGCCGUAUCGGGUGCUAGACUCCGACCCCAAUUGGGUAUCGGCCUCGAACGGUUCCGUCGUCAUUGUAAGGAGGCACUACCCGCGCUUCCCCCUCCCCCUUACUCUAGUGGAACGGGGCGGGAUUCGUUAUGGCGCAGUGGGGUGCCUUCUGCGUGAUAAAGGUUUAUGCCCCUCAAGGAGGCCUCACCUCGAAUUCCUGGAGCAACUGCAGGAGAUGAGGGAGGGCAUUCGCCGUUGCCUCCCCCACCCUGUACUGGUGGCCGGGGACUUCAACGCCUGGCAUCAGGAGUGGGGUUCCCGGCUCACCAACAUCAGGGGUGAAGCCGUGCGGGAUUGGGCGGCCGGGCUGGGCCUCCUGUUACAAAACAGGGGGUCCGUCAGCACCUGCGUCCAUCCCCGGGGGGAGUCCAUUGUCGACUUGACAUGGGCGUUUCUUCGGGCGGCGCACUUGGUGAGGACCUGGGGGAUGGCGGACCGAGAGUCCCUUUCAGACCAUUUCUAUAUAGAGAUGGUCCUGACUGCCACCCCCCCAGGAGGUGCUGAUCCGCCGCCGUCUACAAAGGGGCAAUAA